UAUAUAAGUGAAAAACCUCGCAAAAUUUUUGUAUUAAUCUUGAGAUUCGUUUGUUGAGCAGUUGUUGAGUUGUAGUUUUGUCUUCAAAAGUUAAAUCAAGAUGUCUGGACGUGGAAAAGGCGGCAAAGCUAAAGCCAAGGCGAAAACAAGGUCCAGUCGUGCUGGUCUGCAGUUUCCAGUCGGUAGGAUUCAUAGACUUUUGAGGAAAGGAAAUUACUGUGAACGUAUUGGUGGAGGGGCACCUGUUUACCUUGCGGCCGUUCUAGAAUAUUUGGCGGCAGAGGUUUUGGAAUUGGCGGGAAAUGCCGCGAGAGACAACAAGAAGAGCAGAAUUAUCCCCAGGCAUCUGCAGCUUGCUAUUCGCAAUGACGAAGAAUUGAACAAACUUUUAUCAGGUGUUACUAUUUCCCAAGGUGGUGUGCUGCCAAAUAUUCAAGCCGUACUUUUGCCGAAAAAGAGCGCGGCCGCGGCCGCCGCUGGAGGUGGAAAAGGAAAGAAGUCUUCCCAGUCGCAGGAGUAUUAAAGCUAGACAUUCAUUUCAUUGGACACUUUUAAAGUAUAUUAUGUUCUUAGCAUACCUGCGCAAGAUUGUUUGGACGUUUUUAAAUGACAGACUCCUGAUGAGGAAAUCUUUUGCAGAACUUUUUUCAUAAAUCUUAUCAUUUAGUGAGCUUUUUGGCAUGCUCGGUUUAAAUCAUCAUUUUAUUGUUGUAUUAUACUAUUAAAUAUAUAAAAUGAAAA